UCGGGUUUGCCGUGUCACCAAUUAUAUUGCGUUUUGGAUCGUAUCCUGAUAUCAAUUUCCCAUCCCCGUUACUAACAAAGAACAUCCCACCAGCCGAGGAAUGCACUUGCCUUUUGUCACACAUUGAAGUGUACAUCCGCUUUAAGCAACACUUUCGUUCUGAUCCAAAACCAACCAAUGCGACACGACCAAACUCGAGUCUUAACACUUUCGCCCACACACCUGUGUUUCAUAUCUGACGGAGACUUCUGAAGAGUGCAAUAUUUUCCCAAGCGCAUAAAAGUUGCAAAUUCCCUUGCGAGGAGAACGCAAAAGACAAGCCUACUUACACAGAAAAGCAGCAUAGCAACAGUGAGCAACGUAACUUGGUCAACCAACGUUGACAGUUGAAUCACACCUCCAUCUGUAGUAACACGGCUGAGAAACCUCGAAGCAACCACUGCGCUUCGCCACACUUUCGAGGUACGGGGACAAGAAAGACGUGUAUUUGAAGCACAUUUCUUCACUUUUUGCCCCCUUUUUGCUUUUUCCGUGAGUGUAAAUUGAUGUUUCACGAGCUACUAACGUGAACAGUGUUUGCCGCGGGAGUGCGUUGACACACGUGCAAGAGUGUGCUGGGGUCGUAGUUUUGCUUCCAACUUGCAAAUUUUCGCUCACUUUACAGUGGAGAAUAAGAGUUUACAUGGGAGUGCGGUGUUGGCGUGAAGUGUGAGUCCGGGAGACGUGAAACUGUUGAGUGCCGCCCCGCCUUGUGGUGAUCAAAGUUGGUGCUGCCAAUCAUUAUCGAAUCUUCGAAGGCAUACACGGUGUGUUCGAGGCCCGUCGUUGGUGGUGUCAGCGAGAAAACUAACCGUACAUCGGAGCGAAUAACUGGAACAUUAUUGUGAAGGAAGGAGGAGCGACAGCAGCAGCGCGGCAGAGGGUGAGCGGAGGAAAAGGAUGGAGCGUGAAUCAAAUGCCAUGCCGCCGAUGUGUAGAUCAGGAUGUGGAUAUUAUGGCAACCCGGCACAGGAUGGGCUAUGUUCAGUGUGCUAUAAAGAUUUGCUUAGAAAGAAGCAGCAGCCACCGGUUAGCAGCACGCCUUCCAGCAACAAUGCACCUCCACCAUCUGCCGCAGGCCAAACCCCAGCAGCGCCCUCCGUCAACAUUCGUUCCGUCGUGACGCCACAGAGCUUCGCAGCAAGCAUCAGCAGUAGCGGCGGCGGUAGUAGCAGCGGCGGCAACAACACCACUACAACCACAUCAGCCUCCUCUAUCGCAGCCACGGCGUCCUCUUUGCCACCGACGUCGUCGUCCUGUGUUGCCACCUCCUCCAUGAACAUUAUCGUGACUGGUACCAACACGGCACAACCAACCGUGCACAGUGGGCUUUUCAGUUCGGAAAAAGAUAAAAUUAAUAACGACGACAGUGGCAGCCUUGGGGGCAAUAGUAAUAAUAGCUCCAUAGCCGAUAACGACGACAAAGACGGCGAUAAAGAUGGCAAAAAGAAAAAGAAUCGAUGUGUAACUUGCCGCAAAAAAGUGGGAUUAACCGGUUUCGAAUGCCGGUGUGGAGGACUUUUCUGCGCGAUACAUCGAUACAGCGACAAGCACGAGUGUUCGUUCGAUUAUCGGGAACUGGGUGCCGCCGAAAUUAGACGUAAUAAUCCUGUUGUGGUUGGGGAAAAGAUCCAGAAAAUUUGAACACCAUCCUUCGUGCCAUCGUAUAGUAAUAUUUCGCACACCGUACAGCUGAAACAGCCGCACCACCGCAGCCGCAGAUAUGGAACCAGCAUCAUCGUCACCACAACCACCGCCGCUGCUGCCACCGCCUCUGGCACGUAAUAUGAAUUGAGCGAGAGAGCAUCAUUCAUUCGUCCGGUAACUGAUCAAGAUUGCCGCAAGCGAGCAUUGUCCUGUUGUAGUAGCAUGGGUAUUAGUUUAGUUUAGUGGAACUGGCUUGGUACACGUUUUUUGGCAAACAAAAUUCACUGAACGCUUUCAAAUAUAAUGUUGAUCCUUCGUCCCUUAUGCUUUCCUGGUUGUUAGAUAUUAUUUUGUGUUUGAUUUACUUACUACUAGCAAUGGAGUGCAAUUUAAGGGAAAGAUAAAUGAGGGGAGCGCAUAGGAAGGAAGGAUUAUGAAAAAAAAACUACAAAUGAGUAUCAAUCAUCGCGACGAAAAUACAGUUUUUCUAAGUCAACACAACGUUACGAAAAGCAAUUCAUGAACACACGGACAGAAGACACAGAUACGCGAGCGCUUUCGGUAACUUCAGUUGCAAGAACUUUCGUAGAAUUUGUUUAUCUAAUUUGUAACACAAGUUAUGCAAUCUUCAUCCUUCGAAGUCUGUAGUAACGUUAAACUUCUUCUUCCUCCCCACCUCACACACACACAAACACACACAAUAAAAUAUCAUAACAGCGGGAGGGACGGACGGAUAUAAAACACAACCGUAACUACCCUACACUUGGCCGAGAACGCAAACGAAAAAUGUGAUCACGGAUCACUUCUCUUAUCGCUUUAACACCCCUCUAACACCGAGAAUCCUGUCACAUCCUUUUCCUUAGAAAAAUCAGCUGGGAUGCUGCGUGGGGAAAGUGGACGGAAGAGCACGUGUGUAAAAACUUGCACAAGCGGGACGUUUCUUGUUUUUUUUGUGUUCGAACGUGUCAGCUACUCUGCGCCCAUCUGGCCAUUACGUUUGGUAUGCGUGGAAGGCAGAUUUGGUCGAGUAAUGAAGUGUGUGUGUUGUGUGGACAGAUUUUAGAAUGAUUUGCAGGCCAUGCUGGGGUAGCGCAUAUAGCGAGAGAAAAUGUCUUAUAUUCGAUCAAACCACUGCGAAUUCGAUUUGAGAAUGACCCAGGUAGAUUUAAUCCUUAUACAUAUUAUUAUUGCUAGUAAUAAAGAAAAUUUAGGAACAACACAACACGAUAGAUUCGUUUAGAGCAUGAUUUUUGAAAUGAACCUCCUCUCUUCGCUGCUAAGUGGAUGUACAAAGUUGAUCGCGGUUUUGCUUGCACGGUCGUGCAGAACUGCCAAGGGUAAACUAUCUGAACUGUGAAGAUUGUCCUUGUUUUCUCUCGACCGGGCGAAAGUGCUCUAGCAGAAUGUAUUAUAUUUUUCACAACUGGUGAGAGACAAAGAGAGUUUCAAGUCACAAUUACUGACGAAAGUGCGCUAUUGUUCCGAGGGCACUUACACAAAACCACACAGGCAAUGACACGCAAAUACUUAGUCUGCAAAAACCUUCUACCAAAGACACACACAGCUGACGCAUCCAAUUCUUUGCUAUGCGCAUUGGUUUUGAAUUCCUUUGUCUUAUCUCUCUCUCUCUCUGUCUUCAUGGCUUAUUCGCUUCGCUCAUCAUUAGAGCGAGGCUGGGCAUUUCUUUAACUUUCUCCCCCUUUUAACCAUUUGGUCCUGUCUCGCGCUCUAUUUGGUUAACAUUUUCUUUCUGAAAUGUAAAUAAUUUGGGCUACAGAUAGAACGAAACUUCGCGAUAAAGAUGAAGUAAUCUGUCGGUUGCUAAGCUCACACACUACACACACAUACAGUAAUACUCACAACUAUUCCUGUUUCUACUUUUUAUGCAAAACAUAAAGAGACAAAUUCUCGGAACUCAUUCAGAACACCGAAUGCUAGUAGUUUGAACUCUACGAAACGGAGCAGUUUACGAAAGCGCCACCAAAAUUGCAAGGAGAACUCAUAAUGAGACGAUUGUAGAGCUCCUGCGGAAACGAUCGUGUUUGAUCAGCAGCGAGUCUUUUCUUCCGGAAAACCGUGCGGAGGCGUGGAGCUGUAAAAUAAAACAUUCAAACGUACGGUCAAAGGACAGCAUAAGUAGCAUUGUGUAAGGAAUAUGAUCUGUGUGGUGUGUUUGUGUAAGCUCGUGUUAUGAUGCGUGAAGCGUGUGAUGUGUUUGUUUCUAUUUUUGACUGCAACAAUUGGUAGUGGCGGCAGUGGAAACGAAACAAUGAAGAUUCUUGCUGUUGGUGAAAUGCUAAUAUGAGCCACUAAAACGUAUAUGAAUAUACGCAUACAUAUAAAUAUAUAUAUAUAAAUAUAAAUACACCAUACUUGAUUGCAUAUAUUUUACUAACAAAAAGAGAAAAAAUAAAAGCAAAAAAACAUACGAACAGACAAUGCUUAUAAAACUUUUGCGUGAAAGUAACGUCUGCACCUAAAAAUGGAGACGAGAUACACUGCACCGUAAAGAUUAACUAAACGCUACAGUAAGGAUAAGUAAGAAUGCGACAAUGAAACAAAAGUAUGGAAGCCAACUAAACUAAAUAAACGGGUGGCUAAAUCGCGAUUGAAUGAAUGGAAAUAAAAUAGGAGAAAAGAAAAAAAUUAAACAUUACUUGGAAGGAAAUCUUUAAUAUAAUGUAAUAUAGUCCAAUAGACUCGUAUUUGUAAUAGAAAUGAUAUAAAAAUAGAAGCAAAGGAUUCAAAAGAAACAGCGCCUAGACAUCGCGAUGUGAUGAUGGCGGCAGCCAGGCGGGUGGUAUGUUGUUUAACUACUAAACACAUUCUUCGAGAGUCGUGCGAACGCCGCCGCAUGCAUGCCACGAUUGAACAAUUAACUACGCCCCCUACAACACACACUGCAGCACAGCUAAGUGGAAUCACCUAAAUACCUAGUGAGCGACAGUAUACAUUGUUUGGAACCAUUUGCCCUAGCUUAGUAACCUCUUGGUAAACGUUAAAUUGAGGAUCGAAAGUCUUGCAACAAAUGGUUAGCGCAACGCGGCAGUCAGACGAUUAUAUUACACGUAUAUUCUAUAUAUAAAUAUAAUUAUAUACACAUACACUUAUACAUAUGCAAGCAACGUAUAUUUUACGCCUUUCGGGGAAUAUUCUUUCGAUUGUUUUUAGUUCUGUUUGCUUGCGGUAAAUCUUCAACACAAACUACUGCGCCUUUUUCAGUUUUUGCGUUGAUGCGUAUGAACCGAUCGUAAUAAGAAGAAGUAAUCACACAAUCAGAACCGAUCAGAAGCUGGUCCGAAGUUGUAGUAGAAUGCCGAAUGUCCAUUCAGUUUGUUCUACAUCCGCUGAAAGAACAGUAUAGGCUUGUCAGAGAGUUUAACUUGUAAAUCUUGAAUAGCCAACCUUUCCAAUGUGUCCGUCUGGAAAGGGGCAGAAGAAAAAAACAUGCAAUGCUGCCCCAACAUACUCCCACGGUCACGGAAAUGGUCAACAAGUUUAUGUUUUUAGAGUUUGUAAGACAUUUUAAACGAUAUUGGCAUACUGUCGAUUGACAUUUUGCUGCUAUGUUUUAGAUAAAAUCUCCGUUUUCCUAUUCGGCAUUCUUACCCAUUCUGGCAAGUCUGGCGUAACUAGUUUUCGUUUGAGAAUGGCUAAUUUUCAUACUUUGAACGAGUCGCGUAAUUGUUACGCAGCGGACGUGUUUGUUUUUAUUCUAAAUAUGCAAUUGUUAAUGCAAGUAGUUUCAGAUUGUUCUUUUUUGUUCGCAAUCAUUUGCAGUUAGCAAGAGGCAGAAAGAUACUUCUUUUUUUAUGAUCCUGUGGGUACCUUUAUGUAGUUUGAAAUACGUUUGUAACCAAUGUUUCCUGUUUUUUGAGCAAUCACUUUGAUAGUAUCUUUAAUUCUUUAACACUUAUUGUUUGCCAUGCGGUUGAUCUGUUGGUGCAGGUAUAUUCUUACUCAAGCAUUCGAAAAUCAUGUUAUUAAUUCUUUUCCAUUGCUGUUUGGUGUCCCGCUUUUUCUGCAUGCUGUGCCUGUGGUGGAGUGUGGUUUUCCUUUAUAAUCGAAUUCAA